CAUCUCACACAAACCACACACAUCGAAGUCAUCGAUUCACGAUGGGUAAACUGAACAUUCUGUACCACAAGAGCUAUCAUGUGUACAACCGAGAAAACGUAGAACGAGUCAAGCGUGAUGAGCUGCGAGCAGAACUGGAAGCGGAAGUAAAGACUCAAUCGACCAUUGCGGCCAACUCUGAAGCUAGAUUAACACUGCUAAGGAAUCAGAAGCAGCAGCUUAAACAUGAGAGCUCUCGGUCCAAAGAACGUAGGAUCGAAAAGGCAUUGGAGGAUCAACUGAAAGGGAAGACAACCAACCCCAAGAUCUUGUCAACAAACGAAAGAGAAGAAGAAGGAGAAGAAGAAGGUAUCCAGUCGAUUCAGCAAUCCAGCUCUUCCCAUAAGACAACCGACAACUCAUCAAUCAUCGACCCUAAGAACGGACACAUCAACUUUUGGUCGGGAUUGGAGAACCAAUCGACUUCAAAGGUAUUCGGUAAGAAUGCCGGCUUCGAAAAGAAUCCAGCAUAUAUGAAUGAUCUGAAGAAAAAAGACGAAAAAUGGGAGGAAUUGAUCACGAUGAGAUUAGAUAAACCGGCGCAUGAAUUGAAUCCUUGGUAUUCCCAAACUGAUCUCAUCAACGGAGAAGAUAAGAAGCUUUCUGAUAGGAAGGUUCAAGAGAGAGUUUCCAAGGAUGAAGGUUUUAAACAACAAAACGAUCCACUCACCUUCAUCAAAAAGAGUCUAUAUCCAUCAAGUACGACACAAUACGACAAGCGAAAACGGAAAGAGCGACAGGCGUCCCGUUCGCCCUCACCAGUUGCCAAGACAUCGCGACGUGACGAGUCGGAUGAGGAAUCAAACUACAUGCCCGCGUUACCGCCGAGCCAUAAGAAAGCUUCCUCGUCAGCCACCAACGAGCCAACUGGGCCCAGGAUAUUGAAAGUUGACAUCUCGGCGGAACGGUCGAAAGCCCAAGCAUUACUCAAACGGCAUCGCAAGGAUAAUGGGCCAGGAAGUUUCUCGGAAGCAGGCACCCCUCGGUCGGGUUAUAGCGAUGUCUAUAACCGCGACGAGAUCGAUGCCAUCAAGAGACAAUCUCGCCAUCGACAUCAACGUCCUCAACAUCACCACUCCUCCUCAUCGGUCUCCCGCAAACCAAAGCGAUAUUGGGAUUGAUUAAAGAUCUUCUCAGUUUAGCGUAUCUCACUCUUGAGAAAAAUGUUGUAUUACUUGGUUACCUUUCGAUUGUUGUGAAGUCGAGUUCUUGGUCAGCUGGAGAAAGAUACUAGCUCGACUACUUGUAAUAAAAGCUUUUAAAAGUUUGUUGUAAUGGCUCUCUGGAAAAUUGACAUUUGUCGCUGGGCUUCUCCAGCCUCUUCAAAUCCC